AUGGACCAGCCUGAGUUCAAACAUUUUGCGAACACGAUCCCAACGGUACCAUCAUCGUCCCCCUACGUUCGACAUCUCGAUACAAACUAUGCACCGACCGAUCGCGAGGUCUCAGCGAUACGGGCACUGUUAGAGGCGCCCGUGAGCCAGUUGGCCUCACUGGACGAGCAAAUUGAUUUCCUCGUCAAACACCGGGAACGCCUCUCACAGUAUAUCAACCAGCACAGCGCGCUCAUUGCACCCAUUCGACGAAUCUCGGACGACGUACUCCGUGAGAUAUUCGUAGCGACCCUCCCUUCAGCCCCUACACUCUCUCCUACCGAGUCACCUCAGAUCCUAAUGCAGAUAUGUCGAAGAUGGCGUGCAAUUGCACGGGACACGCCAGCCCUCUGGUGCCGGAUUCACCUGUACUUACCAUGGGCGACGAAUCCUCGAUCUUGCCAGCUAGCUGAACGACGAGGCUCCGCGCUCCAGGUGUGGAUAGAGCGCUUGAAAUCCUUGCCCUUGCGACUAGUGCUCUCCGACAACAAAGCCGCUGUCACAACGACCCUUUUGCAACCACACAUCCAUCGGGUCCAGUCGCUGUGCCUUCAUCUCUAUCAUGAGAACAAGGAAACAUUCCUCCUGAAAGACACAUCGGUGCAGUUUCCGCUGCUGAAGUCGCUCGCGAUCACAUCACAGGAUGACCUCGAAGCCCUCUACGAUUCGUCCCUUUCCGCUCGAGCUCCUAAUAUCGAAUCCGUAACCUUCGCCGGCCCGUUUCAUUCCCCGUUUAGACUUCACCUUAACUGGGGGAAAAUUACAACCUUCCGCUGGAAGCCGUUCCGCGUCAACGGCUGUCUUUCCAACAAGGAAGCUCUCCGCCUCCUACAAUCCAUGCCGUCUCUUCAAGUGUGCCGCAUCGAGCAAUUCAGUAAUGACCGAAGGCGGCCAAUGACGGUCGAUAUCCUAAAUCACAUAAACGCGCCCCUCCUGAACGACCUCUCCGUCCAUUUCUUCGAGCCUAUACCCCUCCACAGCACUCCAAUAAAUUUCCAGUCCAUUCGCCGGCUCGAUAUGGGAGUCGGCACUUUACCGAGUACACACAUUAUCGAACUUCUCUCCUCCUUGCAUUCCGUCGAAGAUUUGACAUUCAAAUUCCAAGCCGAGCCUAAGUGGUUCUUCUUCAACGAUCUCUCUGAAGAAGAGAAGGCUAGCCGGUGGCAAAGCUACGGCUUCAGCGACAGCGUCCUGAUGACCCUCACUCCCACAACUGACCACCCCGCCUGUGCACCGCGCCUUCGUACUUUGGAGGUCUACAACCCUGUUUGGCUUCCCUCCUCAUUGACGACAGAAGCGUUCAUGGCGUUCCUCGUCGAGAGGAAGCGACGUCUCAAUGUCCUCACUCGCAUCACGCUUCCUUCACCCGUUUAUGUCCCGGGACUACAGGAGGCGCUAAUGCAGUGGGACGAUGGUGACAACGGUCCUCUAAUACAGGACUUACUUUUUGCGAGUGAUGCCGAGGGCCGUCCACGUGUACCGGUUUACCCCCUAGUCACCACGAUGCAGUUGCCGGAGGAGUGGUAG